GUAGGUGAAACAUCGUUCAAAGCUUAUCAAAAUGAAAAUUUAUAUCAAUCAGUUAUAAACUGUGAUGGUUGUGGAAUGGGAAUUCAUGAAAGGCAUUUACUUUGUUUAAGCAAAAAUUUAGAGAAUUUAGAGAAAAGUUAUUGGCAUGAAAAUUGUUUAACAUGUGUAAAAUGUAAUAAAAAUGUUGGAAACGAUAAUAAAUGUUUUGUUCAUGACGGGCGAAUAUUCUGCAUUGAAGAUUAUUCUAUGUAA